AUAAUCUCAUGCGAUUUGUCAUCGACGUUGACUGAUUAUGAUGCAAACAGUACCGACUUACUCGGAACCACUUAGUGAGAUUAUUGAUAAGGUUCAAGCAAACAGAGUCAUACUAGCAAACACACGGAUUGAUGACGAAUACAGAUGGAACUGGAAUUUGAUCAUUUAAGCCUAUAUAAAGAAAGUAUAUGUCUUCCUCAAUGGUUGUUCUCUCUCUUCAAUUCGUACAAGCUCAAGUAUGGCUAGCACAUCUCCGGUUAUCCUCAUUCUCGGAUCGGGUCCUAAUGUAGGGCAUCAUGUGGCUCAGGCCUUUGUCGCAAAGGGCUACAAAAUUGCCUUGGCAUCUAGGAGUGUCAAGGAAGAAGACAAAAAUGCGGACUUAGUCCGCAUUUCUGCUGACCUAUCGGAUCCUCAUUGCGUGAAGGGAAUCUUUUCGAAAGUCGAGGCAUCACUCGGUCUGCCAAGUGUUGUUGUCUACAAUGCAUCUGCCGGGGCUCCGAACAAUCCAGAGGAACCCCUGUCUAUUCCCUUGGCUGACUUUAGUCGAGACUUGCACGUCAACACGACCAGUGCGUUUGUCGCUGCACAACACGCGGCUUUAAGUUUCGAGAGACUGCCUGAUCAUAGAUCCAAGACAUUCAUCUAUACUGGCAAUAUACUCAAUGAGACCACCAUUGCAAGUCUUCUUGAUGGUGGUGUGGGUAAAUCUGCAACAGCCCACAUCAUCCGCUCUGCUGCUGCCGCAUACUCUAAUAAAGGCUUCAAGUUCUAUUAUGCCGAUGAGCGGAAGGCUGAUGGGACUCCCGUAUACUCUAAGAUCAGUGGCGAGGCACAUGGAAAAUUCUAUGUCGAGCUCGCCGAGCACAAGUCUCAGGGUCCUUGGCAGCAGACUUUUGUCGAGGACGUAGGAUACAAGCACUUCCCAACUGCUUGA